GGGUAUCAGGAAGUCGUAAAGUGGGUCCCACCCCCAAACAUCUCCCCGCGCCUUUCCGAUGUGACUCCACUCUAAUGCUUCCUCCCACCCUCUCUCUCUCUCUCUCUCUCUCUCUCUCUCUAUAUGAUAGAUUUUUUUCUUUCUCCGGUUUGAUCAGCUAUGGAGUUUGGAGAGGAGGAGGCUUUCGCACUACGAGAGGAUCGAUUUCUGAGAGUUAUCUCUUGUCCUCGAUCUUUUCACGACUCUGUUCUUAUUCUGAUCGGACCUUCAGUUAAGUAAAGGUCUCUGCUUUUUCAUUACACUUCACCAGCGUUUGCAUUUGCGCGGUCUCGUCCGUAGAACUGUAGAAAGAGGCGUGGUGCAGCAAACAUUGUUUGUUUGAUGCUCGGAAAAGUUAGGUGAAAAGAAGAAAAAAUGCUUGAAGGACGAGGGUAUUUUCUUUUCUUACAUCUUUUCCGAGAACCAAACAAAGGCUAAAGGCUUGAAAUUUUUGAAAUGAGUGCGUUCUGCUUUUGAGUAGCUGGGGGAUCUUGUCGUUUCCAUCAGUUGUGAAGGGAAUUUGUAUGUUUGAAUCAGAUCAAGAUAUGCAUCCAAAGGGAAAGAUUAGGAGUUUCCAUGUUAAAAAAAAUGAGAUCUUGGCAAAGGGUUCAGAAUCGUAAAAUCUGACAUUGUGAUUGCUGGAGAUACGGAUUAUGAUUUGGAGCUCAAAAAAAAUGCGGAGGAUCAGCAGGCCUCAGGAAUAAAGAAGAAGAUCUUAUCAACCCAAGCAAGCCUAAGUACAAGGCUACAAGACGGGUUGAAACCAGCGCAACAUAACUUAUCUUACGCUGAUAUCCAUCUUGAAAUAAUGAAGAAUGUAGACGAUACUGUACGUAAAACUUCAGGGACUGACAAAAAGCAAUGGAAUAAGGGAAAGGCUGCUGGAGAUGAUGAGCUUGUUAAGUAUAUGCACAGUUUGCCAAGCUUCCUGGAGAAAGGGGAAAACGUCCAGGAAAAGGUUUUGAAUGUUGGGGUCCUAAACUGGGUGCGACUGGAAAAAUGGCAGUGCGACCACAAGCAGAAUCCAUACAAAAGUAGCAUGUGCUCACCAUCUAGCUAUAAUACUUCUCCAUUUUUCUCUACAGAUAGAUCUUCUGCCGAUUCUAGCAGGGGUCCAAGUUGCUCACCUGCUCACCCGAAGAUGCACCGACCUACACUACGGUGUCAUCUUAAUGCAUUUUCUGAAGAAGGAUAUCCUCCGAGUGUCCAGUAUCCUGGAGGAAAUGUUCAAACUUUUCAAUAUCUAAAUGCUGCAUGCAGAAAUGCCUCAAAGUGGCAGCAAAAUAUUCUUUGUACAGGUCAGCGUUCUCUCCAGGGACAUUCAGAAAUCAACUUAGAAAAUUGCAAGAGAAAAGAUAUAGACUCACAGUUUGUUCCAGAACGAGAAAUUUUGCUGAAUUUGGAAAAUAUUGAGGUGAAAUCAUGUUUAAGGGGAAAUAUAAAGAUUCAAGAUGAUGAAUUGACAGAGAGCGCAGAAGAGUUGCAAGAGCUGACUUCUAAUUUUAUUGACACAGAUAGUCCUGAAAGGCCUGAAACAAUUGUUCUCAUUCCACCAAAUGAUCGUCUUCAAAGCCAUUCCAGAGUAUCUACAGCUCCUGGUUCUCCGAUGCUAGCAGAGCAAAGAUUGAUGGAAGUAAGUCGAAUGCAGUUUCUAGACAGUUCUAGUUCUCCAUGGAGUCACUCAACUAAGCUCUACUCUGAUAUUCCAUGCUCAUCCUCACUGCUUCAAGAACCAGACUGCAGCAAAGACUCGUUGCUGAAGCCACCCACCUCUACAGAUGCACUGGAUAUCAAGUUUUCCUCUGAUGCAUCUCAUUUGUUACCACUUGCGGGUAAAAGACUAGUCAGUCCCAAUGCCAAGAAAACAGAAGAGAAAUCAACUGUAAUGGCAUUGGAUUCAACUGUGGAUAAGCUGUCCGAGGGUUCAGAUCUGAAAGUAGCCACGGAUUUAUCUGCAAAAGCUAGAAACCGUUCAAGUGCUUGUCGUUUUGGCAUUGGUAUGGGUAGGACAGGUAGGAACUCCAGCUCUAAUGAAGUUUCAGCCAUGCCAUCAUUGAGCCCAACUCGCAUUAUUGCUAUAUCUGUUGCAGAGAGAGAUGCGGCCUCUGCUUCCUUGGAUAAUUCAUGCAGUGUUAAACAGAAUGCUACUAACAGAGCCAUGGCCCCUUUGAGAAGGUUAUUGGAUCCACUAGUGAAACCAAAGGCAGUGAAAUAUCAUAAUGUAGCUGAACCGUUACAGAAGGACUGCACACCAACGAAGAAGUCCUCUAAAUCUUUCAAUGGACGAUUACAUUCUUCUACUGGACAACCAGUGAAGUCAGCUGCGAAGCUAAAAUUAGACUUCACUGGUUGUAAGACAAUCAACGUCAGUAAUUCAUUUCAGGACCGGAAGCAGAAAUCAGCUGUACAAGCUCUACUGAAAGUAGCAGUUAAGAAUGGUCUUCCUCUUUUUACAUUUGCAGUGGCCAAUGAUGGUGAUAUUCUUGCAGCCACAGUGAGGAGGUUGAGUACCCCAGGGAAGGAUGACUACUUCUGGAUCUACACAUUCUUCGCCAUAAGUGAAAUCAAGAAAAAGAAUGGAAGUUGGAUAAAUCAAGGGGGCAAAGGCAUGCAUCAUGGUUAUAUUCCUAAUGUCGUUGGGCAAAUGAAGGUUUCGGACUCUCAGCUUUCUAGCUUGACAAGACCUAAAGGCAUGGAUGGAUUUAACGUGAGGGAGUUUGUUUUGUUUUCUGUAGACCAAGGUCCUGCUAAUGAGCAACCAUUGAGCAUUCAGCCAAGUGAUGAGCUUGCAGCCAUUGUCAUCAAGUUCCCCAAAGAGACUGCUAGGAGGUCAAACAAAGAUGAGCAGAAGAAUGGUUGUGAUAACAGUGUAUCAGAUACUGGUUUGAAGGACUUUUCACCAGAGUUGAAUUAUGCGGAAAAUGGAAAUAGUGGGUUUUUUGUUGGAAGUGAAACUUUUUUUAGCACAACUGUUAUACUUCCCAGUGGUGUUCAUAGUCUACCAACAAAGGGAGGACCUUCAUCACUGAUCGAACGAUGGAAAUCAGGUGGUUUAUGUGACUGUGGAGGUUGGGAUUUGGGAUGCAAACUAAGGAUUAUUGGCAAUGAGAAUCAACUCUCUACAAAAUUCAGCCCCAUGGGUUCUUUUUCCACCAAUAAUCCAUUUGAUCUUUUUGAUCAGGAAGAAGUUCAGGAAAAACAGCCAGUUUUCAGCUUGGCGUCUUUGGAAGAUGGGAUUUAUUCAGUUGACUUCAGUUCAGCACUCUCACUUCUACAAGCGUUCUCCAUUUGUAUUGCGGUUUUAGAUGGUAGGAAGCUGCUUGCUCUUCCACAGCAGAGUAGCUUGUUUGAAGAGAAGAUGCUCAAACAAACCGGAUUCUUGGACAAUGGUAGAAUGAAGGCUUCGAGUCAAAUCCAAGCAGAGGUUCUGAUGCAGGAGCAACGUCCAGCAACUUUAAGUGUCAAUCCCAGUCUGUCUUCAACCCUAGUACACAGGGGCCUUAUAUAGGCGUACUAUGCUUAGAAGUAAGGCAAUAUAAUUAAGAAACCCAAUGGAAGGUAAAUACCAGUUCCUUAAAUGUUAAUAAACUAUAACAUUUGAUGA